AUGGAUGAUAACAAGCUGCUUACGCUCACAUUCACCGUACGGAAAAAGGCUGGUAUGAGCUUUGAUGAUUUCGUUGCCCAUUUGAACGGUUACCAUGGAGUUCUUUCUGCGGACUUAUUGGCGGAAUAUGGCAUCAUCGAAUACACCCAGGAUUUGAUCCGUGAAUCUCACGACGAGAAAUUUGCUCCUUUUUCCGACUAUGACGCCAUUGCACAAAUCACUUUUUCGAAGAUCGAACAUUUCCUUGCAUAUGGCCAGGACCCAUACUUCCUUGAAGUUAUAAUGCCUGAUCAUCUGAACUUUGUGGAGGUUGGCAAGACAACGAUGACUCUGGGGAGAAAAAGCUAUAUGGUCCGAGAUGGGAAAUCAUUGCAUCCCAAUAUUCACAGGUCCUAG